AUGACACAUAGAAAGAUAUCUAUAAGUAAUUCAGAAAACAUUCUGAGUAACAAGUCAAACGACAAAUUUACAGGUCGUCAUAGAAGUUCAACAUUAUUUCCAUUACCAUCCUGGCAUGAUCACAAAGAAAAUGACGAACAUAAGAUAAAUGAUUUAUCACGGGCUUAUAGCGUCUCCUCUGAAAUUAUACCUCAAACAUUGACUCAUCCAGAUGAAGAUGUUUUAUCUAUUAAGAAUGUGAAAUCUUCAGCAGAUCUACAUCCAUCAAGGUGGUCUCAUGUUGGGUUUCAAUCAAUCUUUCAAGGGCAAAAUUUCAAGAAAUCUUCAAGUAGUAUCAACUCUGAAAAUUCGUUGGAAGAGAAAUUCCCGUUUACAAAUCUACAAAAUUCUGAUUCCUUUGAUAGGAGAAGUAGAUUGAGUGAAGAUAAAAUCAUAGAAGAGAAUGAUGACGACUUAUCUGAUGACAGUUUAUUUACGACGCUAUCAGGUCGAAAAGAGAGAAGAACAAGAGACAGCGGAUCUGUAUUAAAUAAUUCGAUCUCAGAUACUAAGAGCGCCAGUAGUAAAGAUAAAGUUACCAGGCUUUUUAAGACAAAUACAAAUAAAAGUAAUUCUAGUUUACCUAAUUCAUUAACAAACUCAUUGAUUCCAAAGAAGAAGAACCAAUUUUUAAAUGUUACUAGAAAAUUAUUUCAUCCAAAGAACUCAAGGCAUAUUAAAGAUAGUGCCGACCCUGCUAUUCCAAACCCUUGGAGUCAAUUUUUGCAUUCAUCAUAUAUAAAACACAGAUCACCUGUCCAAUUCAUUCAUAAUACGACAGGUGGUAUAAUGGAUUCUGGUAGAUCUGUUUAUUCAUUCAAUCCUUCAGUUCCAAAUAACACAAAUGACGUGGCAUUAGCGAUCACCCAACUAGAAGAUACCUUUGAUUCUGCAAAUAUUGCAAUCUUACAUGAUCUAUUAAAGACAUUACCAUCUUUAGAGGAAAAUUAUAAAAAUUUCUCUACUCGUGAAUUGCAAGUACUAUCAGGGAAUGUAUGGGGGAUAUAUUGUUCUAUUGUUGUUGAGUUAUUCAAAAACCAACAUAUAUGGGAACUUCCUGCCAAAAUAGAGGAUAUAAACAAACUUUUCGAAUUCUAUACAGUUCUGAAGACAGAAUCUAAAGUAGCUGCAAAUCACAGUAAAUUCAUUAAUGAAAUAGAGGAUUUUAUUACAACAUCAUUAUUUGUUUUUGAGAACCAGAUCGUCUUUAAUUAUACAAAUGAAAAUGCGAUGAAUACUGCCUUAAAACGACUGGGUAUCAUAUGGCAAGUAUUCUAUCAACAAGUUUAUCGUGACGUUGUUACAGUUUUAUUACCCUUGGAAGAAAGUUUCAGAAGUAACCCUAAAUACUGGUCGGAUAGUGUUUAUAUGGGUGAGUAUGUAGAAAAUAUGUUGAGUGUCGAUUAUUUGCUACUGAAAUGUUUUCGUAAUUCCAUUGUUCUUCCAUAUUAUCAAAACUUUGUUCACAGUCAUGAUGGUGCAAGUAAUAGUUUUAGAAACUAUAUUUUAAACGAGGAAGAUGAAAAUGAUGUUACGGAGAUGGAUAAAUUGACUUUAUUGCAAUGCUUCGGUAUUUUAUCAACUAUUCAGAGUAACGAUAGAUCUCAACAGAUUAUAGAGGAGUUACUAGGGGGGGUACGUAUGAGUAUAUAG